AUGCGCGAAAUCGUACAUCUUCAGGCCGGACAGUGCGGAAACCAGAUCGGCGCCAAGGUAUGGUGUACCUCCAUCAUAAAUAUGUGUGAUUUUUGGUUCGAAACACUCACAUUUCGCAAUCUUCGUCUUUCAGUUCUGGGAAGUAAUCUCCGACGAGCAUGGCAUCGAUCCAACUGGAACAUACCACGGUGAUUCCGACCUUCAGUUGGAAAGAAUCAACGUGUACUACAAUGAAGCUACAGGUAUUGCUUGUUGCCCGUUAAAACACUUUAUUUCGCGUGUUCUUGUUGCAUUUCGUGCAUUGUCUUCCAUCUGAAAGUUGCUUCAAGCCACCAUUACCGAAAGCUUAUUGUUGUCGACUCGACAAAUUUUUCAGGUGGAAAAUAUGUACCAAGAGCAGUUCUUGUCGAUUUGGAACCCGGUACAAUGGAUUCCGUCCGAUCCGGACCAUUUGGACAGAUCUUUAGGCCCGACAACUUCGUUUUCGGUAAGUACGACGUGUCAAAAUUUUAAAAUCAAAAUUAUGUUGAAACGUCCGGCAACACCCCAACUAUCGCGCUGAUGAGUUGACGCAUGUGCCGCCUCUUUUCACUCUAGGUCAGAGUGGUGCUGGAAACAACUGGGCGAAAGGACAUUACACUGAAGGAGCUGAAUUGGUAGAUUCUGUGCUUGAUGUAGUUCGUAAAGAAGCAGAGAGCUGCGAUUGCCUUCAAGGCUUUCAGCUCACGCACUCUCUUGGCGGUGGAACCGGCUCUGGUAUGGGAACGCUUCUUAUUUCGAAGAUCAGAGAAGAAUAUCCCGACAGAAUCAUGAACACAUUCAGCGUUGUACCGUCACCAAAAGUAUCGGACACCGUUGUAGAGCCUUACAACGCUACACUGUCGGUCCAUCAGUUGGUCGAAAACACUGAUGAAACAUACUGCAUCGACAAUGAAGCUCUAUACGAUAUCUGCUUUAGAACCCUGAAGCUCACUACACCAACUUAUGGCGACUUGAACCAUCUCGUGUCAGCCACGAUGAGCGGUGUUACAACUUGUCUUCGUUUCCCUGGACAGGUAAUUUUUAUUUCGAGAAUUUUAGGGGAGAACAAAAGAUGAUAUUUGCAACAGUUAUGAGGGACAAACGUGUUGGUGGUUAACGGUUAAGAAUAAUGGCGCGCAAAAUACGUUGUCAAUCAUCGGAGGCCUGUCGCGCGUGUAUGAUUGCAACUGUGGUAUUUCAUGAUCAAGCUUAAAAAAUUGAUUUCGGUGUUUUUGGAAAGUUUCUGCCUUCAAUAGUGUGACCCGAGCAAAUUAUCUUUGCAUGGGGCGGGGGAUAUACAAAUAUAUUUGAAUUUCCCUUGCCACAGAAAAUGGUUUGUCGCUAGCAAAGCUUUGAUUGAUGAAGGCGAACCAUCUAAAUUAAGUGCCGUAGUCAAUAAUUAUACACUUCUCCUUCAAGUGGAAGGCGAUUUUCUAUCAAACACCCUUGAAACUACUGCUAGGGAGAAUUAAGGUUUUUUUUUUCCGAUUCUGGCGACGCGAGAAAAACAUCAAAAUACGUUAGCUCGCUAUUAUCAAUCCUUCAGUUAUUUUUUUUAAUAGACAGUCUACGUUUGCACGAAAAGAAACGUUGCGCGUUGUUGCCUUUCGUUAAGCUCAGAGGUAUAGAUUAGCAGUUGUGAGGCGUUAACCUUUAUUGGGUGAAAUGAAUUGAAAGAGAAAGCAACACUUCAUCUUAUGAAGAUUGCUUUCAAUUAUUAAUACGUGUGACCAGCUAGCUUUAAAUGUAAAUUCGUGUCUUCCAGAAUGUUGAUCGAAGAUCGGAAGUAGACGAUGCGUGAAAUUUACAUUUCGGCAACUUCAAUACGAGGGAGCUUUGUUUAAUUGAAAAACAGUUGGUUUUCUCGACAAGAAUUUCUGAAAAGCGUACUCUUUCUUAUCAAAUCACUCGUAAAAGAAGUGCGGUUGCGAAUUCUCAAACCCCCGCCGUGAUCAUAACGAAUCAAAAUUAUGCAGUGAGCUGUAAACAUUCCAUUUGUUAACAUGACAACGGAUUUUCUGCAGACACAAUUAACACAUUGUCCAAAAUUUUUUUGUCGGCAAAAUAAUGAAAAAUUCUUCUUGCUUGCAGUUCCUUACUUAUCUUUGUUGUUUGAGAGUUACGGUAAUAAAUUUUUUUCCCUUGUCGGUUUUCUGAGAUUAUCUUCGUUUUUUUUUAAGCAACAAGCCCUUUAACUUGAAGAACAGUGGUUUAAAUCAGCAGGAUGGCUAGAAAGAUAAACUAAUUUUAUAUUUUCAUUGCUGUUAACAUCACUUUAUCCAUAAACAACCAUGUGAAACUCAACGGGGCAUCAGUUAAAUGCACUAAUCUCUUUAAAUUGAUUUAAAGAUCUAAUGGAAUUGAAAGCCAAAACACAACAAUGUGAAAAUUUCCCAUAACAGUGCAAUUACUGUGUAUUUUCUGAGCAUUUACAUUAUCGCACUGACAUGAAAAGCUCUUUUCAAUGUUUACUUUCUAUGAGCCUUUAAAGUUAUAUAAUGUCCUUGAUUGUACACUUUGUUUGGAGUUGUGUGUGUAUACCUCUCUAAGUCGACAAAUCUAUAUGGCAACAUCUUAUUAGACUUAAACUCUAUCUUUGUUUUUUCUUACAGCUGAACGCUGACCUCAGGAAACUAGCCGUAAACAUGGUUCCUUUCCCUCGUCUUCAUUUCUUCAUGCCUGGAUUUGCCCCCCUCACCAGCAGAGGAUCCCAGCAGUAUCGUGCACUAACAGUACCAGAACUUACCCAGCAGAUGUUUGAUGCCAAGAACAUGAUGGCUGCAUGUGAUCCAAGGCAUGGUCGUUAUCUGACUGUUGCAGCCAUGUUCCGUGGCCGUAUGUCCAUGAAGGAAGUAGAUGAACAGAUGUUGAACGUUCAGAACAAGAACAGUUCCUACUUUGUUGAGUGGAUCCCCAACAACGUGAAGACAGCUGUUUGUGACAUCCCGCCCCGUGGUCUGAAGAUGUCUUCCACCUUCGUUGGCAACAGCACUGCCAUCCAGGAACUAUUCAAGCGCAUCAGUGAGCAGUUCACUGCUAUGUUCAGGCGUAAGGCUUUCUUGCAUUGGUACACUGGUGAAGGCAUGGAUGAAAUGGAAUUCACUGAGGUGAGCACCUUUUCCUUAAUAUUAAACCAUCCAGAAACUGUUGUGAUUAGCUAAGAAAAACUUACUUCUUUGAACAGUACUUUUGACAAAGAUAAGCUAAUAUGAUUAUAAAUUGCUUUUAACUGAUUGGUUUUUUGUGCCUCUGUUUGUAGGCUGAAUCCAACAUGAACGAUCUUGUGUCUGAGUACCAACAAUACCAGGAUGCAACAGCUGAAGAGGAAGGAGAGUUUGAUGAGGAAGAAGAAGAGGAGGGUGAAGCUGCAUAAAGUCUAGAUCUUCAAGGCUCUUGAAACAAAAUAAUAAAUUGCAGGAUAACUGAUAAUGAAGUUUCUUGAUUCACUCCAAACUGUGUCGUAAUAAAUUCAUUAGAUACUAAAACUUGAGUUAGUAAGUAAACAGUUACUUUUUUUCUCGAAAAGAAAAUGAAAAAAGUGUGAUAGAAACAAUCUGACAGUCUACCCUUUUUUUCACACCAUGGAAUGAUAUUAAAAUUUAUCAGUAAUAAAGACAGAUUCCUGUAAGAAUAAAUGUGUCUGAACGUGUCAAAAUGGUGUCUAGUUUACUUACCUCCCCCACUGUACGUAGAAAGGAUUCUUGUACUGAUCGGACAGCUAUGCCUUUGCAAGCAAUAAGUCUUUUGCUUCUAUACUUAACAGUGUUACUAUUAUAAUUUUAGAUACCCUUGUUACUUGGCUAAUCUGAUAUUGGUCAGCGGGGAAAAUCAGAUGAACUGAUCAGUGUUCCCUAGUAGUUUAACCAUCCCCAUCCGCCAAGAGGAAGAGAAUCGUGUAACAACUUUUUGAUCAUUUAUAUGAAACGAUAGUGGCUAGAAUGGAUACCCCAGAGUCGUUAGACACCAUCAUGUACAUAAUGCAAUGCAAUAAACUUAGAAGAGAACCGUUUGACUUGGAAAUGUCAAAAUCAUUGAGAGCCAAUGUGCUCCAUUGGGGUAGAGCCUAGAUUUUAUAGAUCUUUAUAUUGUGCAAGGGAAAGGGUCGAUUCUAAGGUGUAGAACCGAAGUACGGUAAUUACUGUAGUCGUCAAUGGCGACGCAAUAUAUGGGCGAUGUGCCAACCUUAUCCCCAGGGUCCUCCCGUUUGAAAACUCUAGGGACGAGGUUGCUUAUGAGCCAGAAAGGACGGCCAUACGUCUGGACACAAUAGCGCAAACUCUUCUUACAGUACUUGUACUCGAGUCGCCAGGUAGGACCGGACUGAAGCCCCUGCUGGUGUGAAUUUCCCACGAAACUGAAGUCUCGACGAUUACCAUUGAUGGAGCGACCACCUUUGAGAUUAAAGCGACGAUCCCAUUGCGAUUUGAAUCAAGUUUGACAACAUUACUCGCGGAAACCUGUCAAAAAGUGUGCUACGCGUUUAGAGUUUUUGUUUUGCUCAUUUUCUCGUUUCCCUCGUCGUCAUUGUAGUUGCGCUGAGCUCGUUAGUAGCGUUACCACACGCGCAACGAUUUCGCCUGAAAAACUGACGAUUGUGAGGGAAAACGCGCGACGAAAGCGACUUUAGAGGACACUCAUUCAGAGGCUCAACCUAUAUGAAACACAUUUGUCUGAGCCUCACCGGUGUCGACUGAGUAAAACUUUACAAGCGCAGCUAUUGUCUCAUGCUCUUAGGGUCUGAAGGCAAUUGUGACACUUGUAAAAGUUUUAUAAAAGGACUCCUAAAUAAGAUGAGACAGCAUUUCCAAAAAUUCUUGUUAUCGUCGUUAACACUCAGGCGUGUCACAUUCGCAGUCAACGGGCCGUUGGGUGCCCCCUUCGCGAAUUUCGUUCAAAAACGAGCUACUUAUUCCACCUUUACUUACAUACCUAAAAUGUUUGUUCUCCUGUAGGCUUAAGUUGGUGUCUGAAGAAACUGGUAUUGCAGCUUGUAAGAGAAAAAUUUGGCUGAACAAAUUUUUGACUUGGCGUUUCAGUCUGGCUACCGAAGUUGAUGCAACUAAAUUUGGCCAGCGUAAACCGAGAUUCGAAAGCUUCCAGCGCAAGGCCCGAGAUCGCAGCGAUUCACAAAAGCUGUUCACCCUCAUUAAUUAAGGGCUAACACUCGAAACGUUGGCUUUUGAUAAUUUCUUGACCGCUGCCGAUUUCAACUCAGUUGAUAGAACAAAACUUCCUAAAAAAUUCUCUAACGUUACUCGCUACGUGCAGGAUAGUAAUUCGGCGAGUCAUCAGAAGACUCAAGAGGGCCAAUGUUGUCAAUUACAAACAUUAUCACUUGCAUUACCGUUCUCUUGCUCAUUUUUAUCAACGCUUCCUAUUUUUUACGUGUCAAAACUGUUAAGUUCGUGCUCAAUAUCAAGAACAGAUGUCAGCUAGUUAAUAAUUCUUCUAAUGAAUAUUAAAUGAGCAGAUAAAAACUGUCCUGAGAACUUCAGUUGAAGUCAUAGGAAACUGUCAUGAAACCAUUUAUGUUUGUGUGGAGAUUUAAGGAACAAAAUAUACACGGCACGUAAAGACGUCACGUGGUACAGACUGACGUUAGCCGUACUCUCUCUUCGUUUUCUACGAAUAUCCCACGUCCCUAUUUCCUAACUAAAUACUUAGUUCAUAUUCCAUUGAUCAUUGGUGUACUAUAAGAAUAGUCGGUGAAAAGAUAAAAAGCUGUGAAUAAAAAGCAUAUAUUAUGUCUAUUAUCGCGAUGCAAAAAAUAGCCCGUGCCUUUUUCGCACUUUUUUUUCGAUCCGUUCUCCCCACUAUCUUAACCUGAGAUCAGGCUCUAUUUUCGUUUUAGCGGUAGCCGUUACAGAGAAUGUAUGAGAACACCUGAUCUCAGGUUACACUAUCAUGGAGCCUGGAACAGGCUAUGCAAAUUUUGGGCGUUUCGAGAAGUUCGAGAAGUCUCCGGAAGAAAAGGCUAUGAUUGGUUACUGAUUUGACGUCGUCUUGGUUACACUAAAUACGUCACAAUGAGUUGACGCGUGUAAAAAUCAAAACGAAAGUUGUUCAGUUGAAGUUGCUGCGGGAGACUUUUUCUAAAUUUUUGCCAAGUAAACGUAGAAAAAUGCGUGAAAUUGUUCAUCUUCAAGCUGGCCAAUGCGGCAACCAAAUUGGGGCUAAGGUAAGAGGCUAUCAGUUAAGUUCAAUGUAGGAUCUCACGAAGUAUUAAACGUAUUUCCAUUCAUUUCAGUUCUGGGAAGUUAUCUCGGACGAGCAUGGCAUCGAUCCGACUGGCACAUAUCACGGAGAUUCCGACCUUCAAUUGGAAAGAAUAAACGUCUAUUACAAUGAAGCUACCGGUAAAUUGUCUUUCUCUUUGUACACGUUAAAUGUACCUUCCUAUUGUACGUCUGAAAGAAAUCUUUUUCCCUGCCCAUUUGCUUGUUUUUCUCUAACUUUCAGGCGGCAAAUACGUUCCAAGAGCGGUUCUUGUCGAUCUUGAGCCCGGGACAAUGGAUUCUGUUCGCUCGGGGCCAUUUGGACAAAUUUUCCGACCCGACAAUUUUGUUUUCGGUAAGUAAUAGUGCGGUCUCUUCACUUAAUUAUUUGACGCGGGGAGUGUUGAGUAUGAAAAAUUUAUUAGCUCAGAAAACCAGUUUUGCUCUCCAUUUUGCCGCAGCACCAGUAUUUUGCGGUCAUAUAAAGUUACAGUUGCUUUUGCCCAUUCAGUACGUAAACAUUUCAACAAAACAUAAGCUCAUUUCAAAGACGCUAUACGGUCAAGAAAAAAUGACUUAACUGAAUUGAAGUCUUUUGUCAAAGUGCUUUUCCUCAUAUUAUACUGACAUCAUCCAAAAUAUCUUUCAAACUUCUAUGGGAAAAAGUGGCGGGAAAUUGGCGCUUACCAUUAUUUGUUAUGAUGCCACAGACAUAUCUUUGACAGGUAUUCCCACCGCAAUCUAAUAUCCCUGACUCCUUCCACUUUUUUCAUCUUUAUCAGUAGCUCUUUCUACAGAGGGUCUUGGGUUCUUUUUAAUAGAAGAAAUAUAGAAACUAUCAGCUCAUACAGUUGACACUGAGUCGGGUGUUAAUUUACUAUACCAGCCUGUUCUGUGUUAAGAAUAUAGGUGUGGUCUCUUUCAUAAUAAACUUGUUGUUAUUUUAAAAAAUGAUUCCCCGACUGCAAGCAAGCAUGCUCCUCUAAAUUUUUCCUUUUUAAAUAACUUUUUCAUUUUUAUUUUUUUAUUUUUUCCGCUUCUCCUAGAAGUGACUUGUGUAAGAUUUUGAGUUUAACUUGAAACGGGGGCUCACAAUGCGACAUCUCUGUUCGUCAAUUACAUUUCCUAUAAAAUCAGUAGUUUCUUGUAUGUGGGAAUAUCCUUCGAGUUGAAAGCAUAAGGAUCAAUAAAGCAUAAACCUGAACUCCGAAUGUAUCAUUUCUUGAUUUGAAAGCUGUGUCGAGAAAAAAAUCCUUGAAGAAAGCAGGGCGAGGCUUUUCUUGAGGAAAAUAUCUUUUUGGAAACCCUCAAGACACUUUUACUGUAAUUAAAACUUUUGGAACACUAUAGCCUGUGCCAGGCUCUCAGAUAUUAGUAAAAUCCAACAAGUGGUCUAUUAUCAAUGCUGUGUUCUGGAUGGCUGAGCUACUACUAGGCUAUAUGUUAUAGCCCACUAGUAGCAAAAAGCGCCGGCUUUGAAAACCAAAACAAUGACGGCUGAAUCGCGUUUUACUAGCUAAAGUUGUUUUGUCUCGAUAUUUUUUACCAACUAGUUGGAUUUUACUGAAACAAUUAUUCCUCUCGCCCUCAUGGCCUCUGAGUUAAUAGCCCAUUCGGCCGUCGGCCUCAUGAGCUAUUGGCCCAGAGCCCAUUUGGGCUCAAGGAAUAAUUGUUAAGUAGACCUCAUGGCAGGAACGUCGCGAAAACAAGGUCAAGGGAAAAUAAGCCAAAAUAGGACGCGCGUGAUCUUGGAAGGGGCGGCGCCUUCUCUCUCACCAGUCCCCGCACGUUUUUCGUAUCAGUUUUAACGAUCUUUGCACAUUACUAUCUUGAAGCGUGGAACAGUCUCUGCAGCCAAUAAGUGUGAAAAAUGUUCGCAAAACUGAAACUAUCGCCUAUUUGUUUUUUUCCGUAACAUUAAUGAUAUGGAGGAGAAUUCUUGAGUAACAGCACUUAUAUAACUUAUAUUCAUCAGGUCAAAGCGGUGCUGGAAACAACUGGGCAAAAGGACACUAUACUGAAGGAGCUGAAUUGGUAGAUUCUGUGCUUGAUGUAGUUCGUAAAGAAGCAGAGAGCUGCGAUUGCCUUCAAGGCUUUCAGCUCACGCACUCUCUUGGCGGUGGAACCGGCUCUGGUAUGGGAACGCUUCUUAUUUCGAAGAUCAGAGAAGAAUAUCCCGACAGAAUCAUGAACACAUUCAGCGUUGUACCAUCACCAAAAGUAUCGGACACCGUUGUAGAGCCUUACAACGCUACACUGUCGGUCCAUCAGUUGGUCGAAAACACUGAUGAAACAUACUGCAUCGAUAAUGAAGCUCUGUAUGAUAUCUGCUUCAGAACCCUGAAGCUCACUACACCAACUUAUGGAGACUUGAACCAUCUCGUGUCAGCCACGAUGAGCGGUGUUACAACUUGUCUUCGUUUCCCUGGACAGGUAAUAAAAUGUUAUUUUACAACUAUGAUAAAGAAAAAACGAAACAAAUAGCACUGACCAAUUGGUUCACUUGUUGAACUCAGUGCAUCCUAUUUAAAAGGGAAGGGCAAAUGAACGCCUAUUUCCCUCCUGCAAGGUUGUCAUUAACGCCUAAAUACCUCUUUUGUUUAGCUGAAUGCUGACCUCAGGAAACUAGCUGUGAACAUGGUUCCUUUCCCUCGUCUUCACUUUUUCAUGCCUGGAUUUGCCCCCCUCACCAGCAGAGGAUCCCAGCAGUAUCGUGCACUAACAGUACCAGAACUUACCCAGCAGAUGUUUGAUGCUAAGAACAUGAUGGCUGCAUGUGAUCCAAGGCAUGGUCGUUAUCUGACUGUUGCAGCCAUGUUCCGUGGCCGUAUGUCCAUGAAGGAAGUAGAUGAACAGAUGUUGAACGUUCAGAACAAGAACAGCUCCUAUUUUGUUGAGUGGAUUCCCAACAACGUGAAGACAGCUGUUUGUGACAUCCCACCCCGUGGUCUGAAGAUGUCUGCUACCUUUGUUGGCAAUAGCACCGCCAUCCAGGAACUAUUCAAGCGCAUCAGUGAGCAGUUCACUGCUAUGUUCAGGCGCAAGGCUUUCUUGCAUUGGUACACUGGUGAAGGCAUGGAUGAAAUGGAAUUCACUGAGGUAAGGACUGCUGACGCUAUGCGGCUUUUCAGUAUGGUUCUCACCGCUACUUGGUUAACUGUAAGACUAAGGACUGAUUCAUGCCAUAUUCCAACUGCAGAGCCUCACUCGCUGUUACCUAGGUUAGACUAUACUUACCUUAGGCAGUUCCCCAAAAAGGUAUAUUAAUAAAUGUAUUUUAUCCCUGUGCUCGUAGUCUUAGAGAUAGCGCUUCCUUUAAAGCGAUUUUCGUAUGUCCUUGAAAUGAAAAAGCGCGAAGAAAACAGAAACAAUGAACGAACGGAAAUAGUGCGAUUUGAUUGGUUCAAUGAACGGAUACAAACGCACGUGGCUGUUGUUUGGUUAAGCGAACGCCCGGGUAAAGAAAAAUUCAUACCCGAGAACUUUCUAGAAAUCAACCGAUACUUUGCUUUGAUGUCAUACCGCAACAUGAUUGGUCAGUCGAACAGUCCCUUCUCCAAAUCAGGGUCCUCUUUGGCGGGAAAACGAAGAGGCCAUGUUUUGUUCUUUUCGUCCACUGGCUGAUAAAACGAAUAGCGAACACUUACGAAACCAUUUUUCAAGGUCAUACGAAAAUCGCUCUUGUUUGUUUGUUUGUUUGUUUGUUUGUUUUAGCCAGUUCCAGGCGUUCACGGUUGGCAUGGAGAGGAGCGAAAAACAAACAUAUGGAACUGAAAAAAGGGCCGUUCUCGUCUUCGAGCCGUUCAUUCUAACUAAACGCCUGAAACGGGAUAGUUUGUUUAAGGAAGGUUAUCUAAGAGAAGUUCAUUUUAGAAAUUACUAAAGCCGUUGACUAAUUAAUUCUUUACACAGGCUGAAUCUAACAUGAAUGAUCUUGUGUCUGAGUAUCAACAAUACCAGGAUGCUACAGCUGAAGAGGAAGGAGAGUUUGAUGAGGAAGAAGAAGAAGGAGAAGCUGCCUAA